UGCUUGUGUCGACUUGGUGGUCAUCACCUUGAUUCAAGUGGAUGCACUCUCGACUCCUCUUUAUUACUACACUACCGUCAAUCCUUCAGCGCCGAUUUGAAGACAACAGAACUCGCGGAAGCUUCGACGUGUCCUGUCAGCGCGCCGGACGUCGGCGUAGACGUGAUCGAGAGGAGUGUAUCUAUAUAGGCGCACUCGCUCUCCCAGACCUCUUCCUAGGCCCUUUGGACAAUUCUAUUGUCCUCGUUUCCUUUGGAGCGCCGAGGCGAGAAGGAAGCAGGUCUGCUCUGAGGUUCGCGCACUCUUAAUCUCAAGGCCCACCAUGGAGCCGGCUAAGAACACCCCUCCUCCAUCGGCUUCGGCGGGCGCUCGCAACCCAUUCGCGUAUCAACAGAAGCUGUUGGAGAGAUCUGCUUCACGGAGCAGCAAUUUUUCGCUAGCAGGUGGUGGUGAUGCUGGCAACGCACCGUCUGGGGCUACCGGCUCGGCUGGCUCCACUCCUAGCCGCACACCUGGCGCCUCGGGACUCUCACAUUCGAGUUCCAUCAGAAGGUAUCCUGCACCCCACAGACACACUGGCUCUCUCGAUCCACACAGAACCGCCCAUUUACUCAGUAGCGGUCAUGCUACAUCCUCUGCCUCAGUCUCGCCCUCGCACGACUCGGCGACGUUUGGCUCAAAUGGUAGUCUGAGUGGAAAUGGCUCGACAUCGUCCACGGCUCAGUCUCCAUCACCGGCAAGCUCGUCGACCUUCUCUACACCAUCCUCAAGCCGCGCCAAUCGACAUAUGUCCAUGCCUCCUGCUCCGCGUGAAGACAUAAGCACUCCCACAUUUGCGUCUAGACGGCCGCUUUCACCAACCAAAAGCAGCCCAUUCGCUCGUGCGGUGAGCCCUACGAAGGACCGCCCCGUCUCUCCCACCAAGGGCUACCCUUCCCCUGGCUCGCCGGGCAAAGCAGAUUCCUCAUGGAUCAACAACAACAGCAGCCCUUCCACGCCAUCAGGCUCGUUUUGGUCCCACGGAACAGGGACCAGCACCACACCCUCUUCCCACGCGCCAUCCGCCAUUCAUCUAGGUGGCGUCAGUGAUCUCAAGCGAAGCAGUGUGGGGGCUUUGCAGAUGAUGCGAGGUUUCACGUCCAAGGCCGAUGGGUCUAGUGCUGCAUCUCUUGACCCGGCGCAUACCCGAAUGACAGUUGGGCGUAAAGGCGUCUCAGGAACCAAACCAGGCGCUGGUCUUGGUCUAGUCGACGAGAAUGCAGGCGCCAAAGAGGAGACGUUUACGAAACCUGAGCGGCCAGGUCGAAUGGAAAGCGAGGACCAAGGAGAGGGUGAGAUCAUCCUGCCAGGUAUCACGACCGGAGCUGAGGAUGUUGCAGGUCUAUCCGGAAGAAUCCGUCUCGCCAGGGCAGGAGGUGCUGGUACUGCCGCGCUCGGUCGACCUGCACCAACGGGCAAUCUUCCUUUUGCCAACGCUGGAAAGUGGAUGGAUACGCAGCGACACCUUCUGCAAGCCUAUGAGUACCUGUGUCACUGCGGAGAAGCUAAGCAGUGGCUAGAACACGCAGUCGGGGAAGAGCUAGGCGACAUCGUAGACAUGGAGAAUGAUAUGCGCGACGGCAUCUUCCUGGCCAAGCUGGCCCGGACUUUCGAACCUGAUUGCGUGCCACGUAUCUUCACGCAUCCAAAGCUGCAGUAUCGUCAUACCGACAACACCAACUACUUCUUCCGCUUUUGCCAGAAAGUGGAACUGCCCAUCAGUUUCCAAUUCGAGCUGACGGACUUGUAUGAGAAGAAGAAUUUCCCCAAGGUCGUGUAUUGCAUCCAUGCGCUUUCUCACAUCUUGGCGCGUCAGGGUCGAGCACUGAAGGUGGGCAAUUUGGUCGGCAACCUUCAAUUCACAGACGAUCAGCUGCAACAAACGCAAAGAGGCCUCGAUGCCGCAGGAGUGAGCAUGCCCAAGUUCGGGGCGCUAGGAAAGACGUUGGCCAAAGAAAUGAACAUCGAGCCGGAACCGGAGCCAGAGACGGAGGAAGAACGUAUCGAUCGGGAACUCGCCGAGAAUCUGUCAUCCGUCGUUGCGACUCAAAGCGCGGUGCGCAGUUUCUUAGCUCGGAAGCGAUUCGACCGCCUCAGGGCGGAAGAGGGGGAGCGAAGGAGAAGAGAAGAAGAGCGUAGAAGGAAAGCCGAAGAGGCACGAAGGCUCGCUGAGGAGGCGCGGAUAGCUGAGGAACGUCGCGUAGAAGACGAGCGUCGCAAAGCUGAAGCAGCUCGUCUGGCCGAAGAGCGUCGGAUAGCGGAAGAGCGCAGAAUAGCCGAGGAGGAGCGGGUGGCGGAACAGAAACGCAUCGCCGAAGAGAAACGCAGAGCUGAAGAGCAGCAAAUGCUCGCUGUUUGGGCUCCGAAAGUCCAAGCUCAUAUCAGAGGCACCAUGCUCCGAAGACGUUUUUACAGCGACGUUUCUGCUCUGGACCAGCAUGAGCGGAGCGUGGUUGGUCUGCAAGCGCAAGUCCGUGGCGUGUUAGCACGCCAGGCCUACCAGGACCAAAUCUUCCGCCUAGGCGAUGCCACCGAAGAGGUCAUCAAGCUGCAAGCGGUCUGUAGAGCUGCACUUGCUCGAAGAGCGUUACUGGGCAAGAUUCGUUCGCUGCGAGACGCUACUGGCGAUAUCGUCCGCAUACAGGCGCAGGUGCGCGGUGUCAUCCUCAGACGGCAGCGUAAACAGAUGAAAGCCGCUCUGCAAAAGGUGGAGGUACACCGCUCAGUCGGUGGCUUGCAAUCCUUUGCUCGUGCAGCUCUUGCGCGAAGGAAGCAUCAGGAGCAAGCCAAAGAGCUUGUCUUUGUUACACCAGAUGUCGUGGGCAUUCAAGCUCAGAUUCGGGGCAUGCUCGCCAGGCUUGACUACCAGUGGUGGCGAAGUCACAUUCUCUCAAGCGAGCCGGUUGCCGUGCAUCUGCAGUCUCUAGUGCGAGGACUCCUGAUGCGCCGCAGCUUCAACGCCAAAUUGCGGCACUACCACAAUCAUCUCGAAAAGGUCGUCAAGAUUCAGAGUCUGUUUAGAGGCAAGCAACAAGGCGAGCAGUACCGCAGUCUCACCAUGGGGAAGAACGUGCCAGUGGCGACGAUCAAGAACUUUGGCCACCUCUUGAAUGACUCAGACCAAGACUUUGAAGACGAGAUUGAGGUCGAGCGCCUACGGAAACAGGUCGUGCGAAACAUCCGGGAGAAUCGCACGCUCGAGAAUGACGUCAGCGACCUCGACACAAAGAUUGCGCUACUUGUCAAGAACAAGAUCGGUAUCGAGGAGCUCAUCAAAGCGAAGAAUGAGCGCGGACUGCUCGGUCAGCGCGAGGCAGCUGCUACUCUGGCCCGACGCAAUUCCGUCCUCGUCGCGGCGAACGAUCCUUUUGCUGACCAGACCCUCAACAAGGAGGCAAGGCGGAAGCUCGAGCUGUACCAGGAAUUGUUCUAUUCCCUUCAGACGCGGCCGGAGUAUCUUGCUCGGCUGUGCGCCCGCGUUGGCAAGAUGGAGAUACCUGAUCGACAACGCAAGCAGGUAGAGAAGAUUGUACUUACCCUCUUCGGCUACGCCCAGAAAGCCAGAGAAGAGUAUCUUUUGCUCAAGUUGUUCCAGCGCUGUGUGAGCGAGGAGUUGUCCCUGGUCAACAGUGUUCAGGAGUUCAUGCGUGGCAACGCACAAUUCAUCAAGCUCGUCGUCCAGUACAACCGAGGUGCAAAGGAGAGGCAAUACUUGCGAGCUCUGCUUGCGCCCCUUGUGCAAGGCAUAGUUGAGGAUGACGUUCUAGAUCUGGAGACAGAUCCUUGCGCCAUCUACCGCGCUUGCAUCAACGCAGAGGAAAUGCGAAGCGGCCAAGCGAGUCGUAGGCCCCUCGAGGUCAACUUUCACGAGGCGUUGGCUGAUCCAGAGGCACGGACAGCUUUCAUCCAGCAUCUGCAGUUCUUGCGUGGCACUACUGAGGCCUUCCUGGCUGCCAUCGUCGGAUCGACGAAGCGCAUGCCUUUCGGCAUUCGCUACAUUGCGCGCGAGGUGUUCAGGGGCCUCCAGGCCAAGUUCCCCAACGAGGCCGAAGACGCGCUCAUCAAAGUCGUUGGCCAUCUUGUCUACUACCGCUAUCUGAACCCUGCCAUCGUGGCUCCCGAGGGUUUCGACGUCAUCGAGACGCUCGUCGGCCCCGUGCAGCGCAAAAAUCUAGCGGAAGUUUCGAAGAUGCUCACCCAGAUCGCCGCCGGCAGGCUCUUCUCGGAUGACAACCCUUACUUGCAGCCCUUGAAUGAGUAUGUCACCCAAGCGUCCAAUCGCUUCGUCAAGUGGCUGUACCAGGUCGUCGAUGUUGCCGAUGCAGAGCUGCAAUUUUCAGCCGACGAAUUCCUGGACCACACAAUCCCGCAAAAACCAGUGAUCUACAUCUCACCCAACGAAAUCUACUCCAUGCACCUCCUGGUCUCGCAGCAAGUCGAUCACCUUGCGCCUCACCCCAACGAUCCUCUGCGCGCGGUGCUGGGGGAGCUAGGUCCACCGCCGAUGUCCACGUCGGCUGAGCUCAACACUGCUCGUGAUGGAGAGAUUACCUUCGAGCUUACCUCCCGCAGCACCAAUAUCACGGACCCAGAAGCUGAGACGAAGGCACUCUUCGUCGAGACCAAGCGCCUCGUCCUUUCGCUGCUGAAAGUGCAGUCCGGAAAGACUCUUGUCGACGUCUUCGUCGCUCCCGUCACUGAUGCCGAUGAGAUGGCAUGGGAGGAAUUAGUGUCACUCGAAGUCGCAGGUGAUCGUCAGCGUUACCGCGGUCAGCGGCCGCCCGCCUCGAUGGACGCUCUUCGCAGCCCACGCUUGGAGGACGUACGUCGGCUGUCCUUUGCCGAAUUGAAGGCGCGCACAUUGGAGAACAUGCUGCAGCUCGAACGUGCUGGCAAAGUUUCUAGAUCGAAUGGUUACCAAGAGAUGCUCUCUGCCUUGGCCAUCGACAUUCGCAACAAGCACAGAAAGCGCAUUCAACGGCACAAUGAGAUCACCGCAAUGCACGUGACGCUUCAGAAUUUGGCGGAAAAGAAGAACUACUUGGAAGAGCAGAUCGGCUCGUAUGGGUCCUACAUCGAUGCAAGCAUGCAGCAGAUGCAAAAGAAGGGCAAAAAGAAAUUCGUUCUACCCUUCACGCAGCAGUACUUCCACAUGCGAAGUCUCAAAGCUAGCGGCAAGGUACCCAAGUUCGGCUCGUACAAGUAUACUGCUCAGCGAUUAUUUGAGAAGGGCGUCCUCCUCUCUGUGGAUCAAUUCAGCUCGAAACAGUAUGAUCAGAUCAACCUGACCAUCAGCUCGGAUGAGCCGGGUCUGUUCACCGUAAGCGCUUCAGUCCUUGGCGUCGCUGGCGGCACGGAGGACCUGCGCAUCGAAGAUUUACUACAGGCGCAAUUUUCUGGCGUCUCUGUCCUCACCCUGAUGGACGGAAUGGCAAAAGUGAAGUUGCCUUUGCUGAUCAACCUGAUCAACUCAAAGUUUUACGCCUAAUCAGGCGGUGUUUCGGUGCCACAAGCGAGAUGAAGCCUAACGUCCCAAUGACGAUGCCACACCGCGAUCAUGCAUGACCCAACAAUGUCUUCUGUUCUCCUCGAGUUCUGCUUCUUCCUCUGCCUCGGAACUCUUCGACUUUUCGAAUAAGAUUCUCCAUUCGAUGCGGACUUUUGCUUCCAUGGACGUUUGCGAUCCGGACACGUACUGCGCUCUCAGAUCCUGCUUUUCAGUCCAAUGUA